AUGCCCGACCAAGAGGGUACGCAAUUAAAAGUUAAUGUGAAUCCGGAGACAAUCUAUGAUAUUCUUGAACGGAUUGGCAGAGGUUCAUUCGGCGAAGUUUAUAAAGGUAUUGACAGAAAAACAAGGGAGGUAGUCGCUAUCAAGCUGAUUGAUCUUGAGGCUGCCGAAGACGAAAUUGAGGAUAUUCAACAGGAGAUUAAGGGAGAUUUGAAGGGAUUAGACUACCUGCACAGCCAAAGCAAAAUACACAGAGAUAUAAAAGCUGCGAAUGUCCUACUUUCCUAUAACGGCGAUGUAAAGCUAGCUGAUUUUGGCGUUGCCGGUCAAUUGAGCUCAACUAUUACUAAACGUGGUACCUUUGUGGGAACACCAUUUUGGAUGGCCCCAGAAUUAAUUCAGCGAUAUGCCUAUGAUUUCAAGGUUGAUAUAUGGUCUACUGGAAUUACAGCUAUUGAAUUAGCUAAAGGUGAACCUCCGAACGCUGAUUUGCACCCUAUACGUGUUCUCAUGCUUAUUCCUAAGAAUCCAUCGCCUCAGUUGACCGGAGAUUUCAGUAAAGUAUUCAAGGACUUUGUAGAUUGUUGUUUGACUAAAGUCCCGGAGAAUCAUGAUUUGUAUGUAGUAUAA